AUGAUGAAGUUUGCAUCUUUUGAGACCAUUGUGGAACUAAUCUACAAGUAUGCCAUUCCUAAGCCCAAAGAAGAGUGCAGCAAAGCUCUGCAACUUGGAGUGAGCUUUGCUGGUGGAUAUGUGGCCGGUGUUCUCUGUGCUAUUGUGUCUCACCCUGCCGACAAUCUUGUCUCUUUCCUCAACAAUGCUAAGGGAGCGACUGUUGGUGAUGCUGUGAACAAGCUUGGGGUGUGGGGUCUCUUUACACGUGGUCUUCCCCUUGGUAUUGUCAUGAUUGGAACUCUCACAGGGGCUCAAUGGGGGAUCUAUGAUCAUUGUCAAGCAUAUAUGUGCAUGGCUGCCUCUGCAUGUGUAUGUAAUGUAGAGGCGCUUAGUUGUUUGUUGGAAGCUGACUUGGUAGUUUCUAAUGGGCUUUUAAUAUGUUGUCCAGGCGAACCACUGGCGGUGGUGUUCCUGUUGCUGCCCCAACCCAUUCUUCUACUGAGCUUGCAAAGCCGUAGAAUCAACUGGAAGAGUUUAUUUGCGGAACCUGAGACAGUACCUCAUCAAAGGAUCAAUAAGCAUAGAAUAGCUGAUGCUUCUUGA